AGAAAAUAAAACUAUAGGAUAUAUUAUAUUUGAUACAAUAUAUAUAUAUAAAAACUAUAGGUUAUGUGUUAUAUUUGAUAUAACAUAUAGUGUGUGUAUAUAUAUACUUAUAGUCAUUCUUCUUGUUAUUCUGUUUCAUACUUCUCUUUUUUAGUGUAUUCAUUUUACUAUCCUUCGAUUUCAAUAGACAUCAUGACAAAGAGUGUUGAACUGUUUUAUUGGUUUCUUUUGUGUCCUUGUGUUGUUGGGCUUUACUGAGUACAGGGAAGUAGAUACUUAACAUAUUCCAACUCUCAUAUGCUAAAUAUACUUGUUGGCACGAGAAACUCAUGUGCGUUUGUUGUCGCCACAGACCAUUUGUGGGCUAUAUGUUGGCCCACUUCUCCUAAUCAUCCUUUGAACUGACUCAUGUGAGAGUUACUCACACUAGUGUGGUUCUGAGCUUACCACAUUCCAAUGCGUAAGUCAAUACAAGGAGUGUAUUAUUCAGCUAAGUACAGAGAGUAGAGAGUAAAGUUAGAAUUCUCAUUUGGAGUUUACUUGUUUCCUCUCUUCGGGAAUCUAGCUAUUUAUAAUGUCUUUCCUCUAACUCUCACUUAGGUCUAACAUCAGCAAAGCAUCAAAACGAGUUGAACUCAAUUAUUUCUCGAUUUAGAUAUUCCUUUACUCUGUUGGUUGGCCUGGAACUCGAAAUUUCCAAAUUUUCCUUUUUGGGAUGCUCGUUUCCCAUGUUGCCUCCAAUUUUCUUUGAGCUUAGACCCAUGAGGUUUUAGACUUUGCCUAUGGCAACCCUAACAAUAUUUAUUCAAGACAGCUCUAAAGGUAUGGAUCUCAUCAAGGAAUGGCCAAAAAUUCCAAAACUUAAACUCCCAAGUCUAACAGCCCAUACUUUUUGCAGUGAAAUUCAAAUUUCUAGGUAAAGAAGAAGCAAUUUGGCCUUAAAAAAGGUACAACUUUCAACAUAAUUCCACCUGUUGAUUUCUUGGGAAUCGCCCUCACUUUUGUACUUCACUCGAGUUCUUUUGAUAUAAUUCAUCAAGUGCUCUAGUAGAAGCUUGGUAGUUAGAAGGCAUGUGAAGCCAACCAGAAACCUUCUCUUUUGCCAUCUCUUUUUUGAAAAAAGCUUUAAAAUCCUUCCUUUUAUCAUAAUCAAAAGAUCCCCCCAUGCCACAAAUGUGCAUAUCUCAAUAACCAUUCUUUAAUUGUAACUGAAAGACUUGGCAAAAUCAGUAUCACUCAGUCGCCAUAGAUGCACUGAACAGUUCAUCCUCACUCCAAAAAAAGGAAAAGCUUUUCAUUUUCAUGAUUCCCUCAAAAGGAAAUUAUUAGAGGUCUACUCAAGCAUCAUCAUUACUUUCCCCCAAUUCCUGUUCCCCCUCUGUUUUAUCCCUUCUUUCCAAUAACCACAACUUGAAACAUUCUAAAUGCAAAAAAAGAAACAAGACCCACUUUGCCAAUUGUGCAUAAAUGAUUAUUUUGGCCUCCAAAUUCCCUUCAAAGCAGUGAGAAUGAAAGCAGGAGGCUCAAGCCAUCAGCAUCAGCAAGAACAGAGAGCAUACAGAGCCUUGUGCUGUGGAUGCACUUGCAACUGCAGAUUGAGUUUUUCUUCUUCAGAAGAAACAGAAAGCUUCAGCUCUGAGCGAUUCCCAUCAGUUUCCAGCAUCGCCCACGCCAUGGUUCAGGAGAAACUCGAUCAAAUGAUAAGGGAAAAACGAGAGAUAAGAAAUGGUAAAGAAAGAAAGAAACAGAGAAGUGAAGAUACCAAAUUUGUUGUAAUGGUGGCUAUGGAGAAAUGCUCUGAUGACCCUAAAGAAGACUUUAGAGUUUCAAUGACGGAAAUGAUUUUGGCUAAUCGAAUUGAGAAGCCAAAGGAUCUACGUAACCUCUUGAACUAUUAUAUCUCCAUGAACUCAGAUGAAUGUCAUGGUGUUAUUCUCGAGGUAUUUCAUGAGGUUUGUAGCAAAUUGUUUUUGGCUUGUGAACGCUAUUGGUAGAGAAAUUUACUAAUUUAGCAUUCUUUUUCACAUGUUUAAUCUUGCUUUUCUUUAAAUUUCCAAAAAGAAGGCAAGAAUUUCAGAGACUACAGAAUUUUGAAAAGUAAAAUGGUCUUUGAUAGGGAAAAUGGA